CCACAAACCCUCACUGCAGACGCCAGCCUGCCUGCCACUAUCUCUACCGUCCACUUCGUUAUCUUAUGGACGCAUCGCUGCACAAGGACCUCUUUACCUCCCGCGGCCUGGCAUAUUGUUGCCACUUCCCCCUUGCUCAGUCCUCCAAGCCGACCCUGCUAUUAUGCUAUAGCUUCCCAUCACGUCUUGCGACUGGCGCCACAAUGUGCCUCGUCUGAGGACAAAGGCUAUGGCAUGCUCGCCCUCGACAUACUCGGCUAUGGCGAGACCAACAAGCACCGACCCAGCGGCGUAUGUCCAGAGCCUGAUAUCCAAGGACUUUGCGGACGUCUUGGAUGCCGAGAAGCUUGACGAGGUUGAUUGUCCCAUCCCUCUUUACCGAAAGCUAUCUCAGGUGCUGAACCGCCAAUAACAGGGACUGCAGGGGAAUCCUCGCGAACUAUUACCCCGAGCGUAUCCUCGCCUACGUCGUCCUCGCCGUCUCCUUCGUAUAGGUGCUCGAUGGACAUCCAAGUGCUCUUGGGCUUCCUGAAGCAGCAACUCAGGUACGAGACGUUUGG